AUGACUGAAGUCCUCUUCUCUGCUGCUCUGAAUGGAACUGAACCCAACCUGUUAUCCAGCAGCGGCUGGGCUGUGGGGAACGCCCCCACCAAGUGUUCCCUCACCAAAACUGGCUUCCAGUUCUAUUACCUGCCCACCGUCUACAUUCUGGUCUUCAUCACUGGAUUUCUGGGCAACAGCGUGGCCAUCUGGAUGUUUGUCUUCCACAUGAGGCCUUGGAGCGGCAUCUCGGUUUACAUGUUCAACCUGGCGCUAGCCGAUUUCUUGUAUGUCUUGACACUGCCUGCCCUCAUCUUCUACUACUUCAAUAAAACAGACUGGAUCUUCGGGGACAUCAUGUGCAAACUGCAGAGGUUCAUCUUCCACGUGAACCUGUACGGCAGCAUUUUGUUUCUGACUUGCAUAAGCGUGCACAGGUACACGGGGGUGGUGCACCCCCUGAAGUCGCUGGGGAGGCUGAAGAAGAAGAACGCGGUGUACAUCAGCACCCUGGUCUGGGUCCUCGUGGUGGCCGUGAUUUCUCCGAUACUCUUCUACUCGGGAACAGGGAUAAGGAGAAAUAAAACCACGACAUGCUAUGACACAACAGCCGAUGAUUACCUGAGAAGUUACUUUGUUUACAGCAUGUGCACCACGGUGUUUAUGUUCUGCAUCCCGUUCAUAGUGAUCCUGGGUUGCUAUGGGCUGAUUGUGAAAGCUUUGAUUUACAAAGAUUUGGACAAUUCUCCUCUCAGGAGAAAGUCUAUUUACCUGGUUAUUAUUGUGUUGACGGUCUUUGCUGUGUCUUACCUUCCCUUCCAUGUGAUGAAGACCUUAAAUCUAAGAGCCAGGCUGGAUUUCCAGACUCCACAAAUGUGUGCCUUCAACGAUAAGGUUUAUGCCACUUACCAGGUGACGAGGGGCCUGGCCAGCCUCAACAGCUGCGUCGACCCUAUCCUUUACUUUCUGGCAGGUGACACCUUUCGAAGGCGGCUUUCCAGGGCGACCAGGAAAUCAUCCAGAAGAAGUGAACACAACGUGCAGUCCAAAAGCGAGGAAAUGACUCUCAAUAUUUUAUCAGAGUAUAAACAGAACGGAGAUACUAGUUUGUGAACAAAUGUAAAAGAUUUGGGAGCAGCUGGAAAAAAUCCUCUGCUUUGAGACAGUAGGACACUGUAGUGCUGCAAGGGUGUGCGGAAAACCUACCUGUCUCUCAAAUUCAUUGUAGGUAAAGCCUCAUUUUCUGAUCUUAGAAAAAGCUGAACAAAGUCAGCAGAAGAAUUUUAGUGGAGAAUAAUGUGUCAAAAUUCAUCUUUCCUUCUCCUUACAAUAUUCUCAUUUCUUUCUGACUUGUGUCAGACAAAGUAAAAUGAAGUAAAUCCCC